ACCUGUAUGUCUUCAAGGGAGUCACAAUGACGUCACUCUGAUGUCAGGGGCAAAGGGCUUGUGCAAGGCUUGGGGAAGGAGGAGAGAGGGAGAGAGAGGAACUGUCACACUGAGCACAGAUUAAACAGAAACCUCUCAGCUACAGACACAAACCCCUUCCCCCUGCCCAAAACUAGACUCCUCACCCCUCCUUGCUCAUUCCACAAAUCCUCCACUUCCUAAUCUGUGCUUUACCUGGAUUUACUCACAUUGACUGGAGGAAGUCUGCAGAGCUCCCAGGUAAGACUGACCCUGCACUGAGCUGGCACACUCUGGGCAGUGAGGGGUUAAGAGUGCAUAGGUUUCCCAAUAGUGGUGUUUUGCAGAGACAGACUGUGAGUGAGCAGGACAGAGGGAUUCAGUGACUGUUAGUACUGAGGGCUCCUUGUAAGACCUAGCAGGGCAUUAAUGGCACUGGGCACCUCACAGCUGGCACCGAGGGGCUGACAGUACGGUUUGCUGGUUGUUGUAUUUAAUGCAGGGAAAGUGUGAUAUACAGGGAUUGUGGUGCAGUCAGGAUAGGGGGCCUGAGAUAUCAUUGUGUGAGUUCAGGUUAACUAAUACAGAGUGACUAUAGUAAGGCAGGGAUUAGCCCUUUCAGGGGGCACAAGGGGCCAGGGUUCAUGGACUCUCUAUAAAGCUCCUUAUAUUGAAUUUAUUUAACUACCCAUUUACAGUAGCCAGGUUUCACAUUGUUUCCAAUUUGCUGUAACUUCAUGAAUGUAAUUCCCUAUGAGAAAAGUGACAUUAAUACUCUUUUUGGGCUUAAAUGUAAUAAUAAACAUUACGAUGGAAUAAUCCCUCAGCUACCUCUGAGUGUGAAUCCAAAAAUCUGAAUCCCUCCUAGCCAAUGUCCCCAAAAUGCAAUCUCUGGACCCCACAUACGCCUCUACUAGACCCCACUAAACCAAACCAUAGACCGCAGAGACACUUCCCCUGUACCCCCACUAAACAUAACCAUAAACUGAACUAAACCUAACCCUGAACCCCACUAAACCUAACCAUGGACCCACAAACUGAGACCCUUGAUCCACACUAACUAUGAGGUCCAUUACCCUGCGCCAAACAAAUUCUGGAUUCAAGGAAGCACUGACAUCUAAUUCUGGACCCUUUUUUUUCAAACCAAGGACCAUGCUAAGCCCAAAAUUCCUUUAACCCAACUCUGGUCCCACUCACCAUAACCUGAAACUCUAUAAAACUCAAUAAUGGACUCACUCAUCUUAACCUGGGACCCUACUAACCUCAACCAUGGACCCACUCAUCUUAACCAGGGACCCUACUAACCCCAACCAUGGACCCACUCAUCUUAACAUGAGACCCUACUAACCUCAACCAUGGACCCACUCACCCUAACCAGGGACCCUACUAACCCCAACCAUGGACCCACUCAUCUUAACAUGGGACCCUACUAACCUCAACCAUGGACCCACUCACCCUAACCUGAGACCCUACUAACAUCAACCAUGGACCCCUUCACCCUAACCUGAGACCUUAUUGACCCCAACCCUGGACCCACUCACCCUGACCUGAGACCCUACUAACCACAACCAUGGACCCACUCCCCCUUUAUUCAGAGCUUAUAGUGAUAGCGUUUCUACUUUACUGGACGUUCAAACUGGCAUCAUGUGUGUAAGAAUAAGUGCAAGAAAAUCUGCGUAAAAUCUGUCUACAAAAUAUUAUCUGUGUAUUAGAAUGUGGUGAGAGGUCUGUCUUGAUAUCUCUGCAUUAGCAGGAGGGGAGCGUGUAAUAGGAGGUGAGAGGUACGUGUCCUGAUGUCCCUGUAUUGGGACGAGGUGAGAGGUACGUGUACUGAUGUCUCUGUAUUAGGAGGAAGUGAGAGGUACAUGUCCUGAUGUCUGUGUAUUAGGAGGAGGUGAGAGGUACGUGUCCUGAUGUCUGUGUAUUAGGAGGAGGGGAGAGGUAGGUGUCCUGAUGUCUGUGUAUUAGGAGGAGGGGAGAGGUAGGUGUCCUGAUGUCUGUGUUUUAGGAGGAGGUGAGAGGUAGGUGUCCUGAUGUCUGUGUAUUAGGAGGAGGUGAGAGGUACGUGUCCUGAUGUCUGUGUAUUAGGAGGAGGUGAGAGGUACAUGUCCUGAUGUCUGUGUAUUAGGAGGAGGUGAGAGGUAGGUGUCCUGAUGUCUGUGUAUUAGGAGGAGGUGAGAGGUAGGUGUCCUUUCUGUGUAUUAGGAGGAGGAGAGAGGUACGUGUCCUGAUGUCUGUGUAUUAGGAGGAGGUGAAAGAUGUCAAAAUGCAAACAGAUAAAAAUCACUAUUUAGUAGAUAUUCCCCUAAUGAAAACAUUCAUGCAUUUAAUUAUUAAUUUUUCCUUGGUGGUAUGUCUAAAACAACUUGCAAAUUCUGCAGAUCUUUUGUCUGCAGCCCUUUGGGCAAACUAGAUGGGCCGAAUGGUUCUUAUCUGCCGUCACAUUCUAUGUUUCUAUGUUUCUUUACAAGCCCUCCCUUUCUAACCCCGCCCAGACUUUCUGUGGCUGUCCAAUCACAGACUUCCCAAUGCAGCUCAAUGAGAAGUCUUUGCAAGGCAGGUGCUCUGGGCAAUUGCUGCCUCGUUUAUCUCCGCUGAGCUAACCAAACCAGGAAAUAACAGGACUGGUUGUCUGAUUGACAGGCAGGGGCGUGUAACAAUGUUUAUUUAUAAAAGUGCUAAUUUUAACAGUAAUUUCUACUUUUUGUAGAAAGAGGACACACUCUUCAUAUAUAAAGCAUUCCAGCAUACUGCUUUAGGUGUUUGGAGUGUCUCUUUAAUCCACAGGUAGGGUGGAGUAAUAGCUGGGUAUUAUGAGUAUUGAAUUGCUGUAUUAGGUCUGGGUGUCCAGCUCCUUGGGUUCUGUGUAUUAGGACAGAACAGAUCUCGGUGAUGGAUAUAGACAGUUUCAUAAAUUGAGAUGAAUUCAUAUCUCUCUGUUUGGCUAGAAUACACCCAGAUCUCUUUGCGAAACACAAUGUUCAUUUCUGUAUAAACACUGCAAACAGCUGGCAUAGACUGGCAUUCUCUGCGCUGUAUGCAGGGCGCCCUAGGGCAGAACCGGAGCUCACUAGAGUUUGGGUUUCUUAUUACAGAGACACGCUAACAUGGAGCUUUUUAACCACUUAGAGACCAGGAGUUAUUCACAUCCCUCUAUGUCACGAAUACCUGGCAUGUUAUUGUCCCCCAAGGGGUUAAAAAAUAUUUAGAUAACAUUUAUAUAAUGUGUGAUUUGUGAAAACAGAAACAGAAACAGAAAAAUAUGAGUACAAUAAACAUUUAUCUAUUAAUUUCAAUCCAUCAGAGAAACAUCAAAUACAAAUAAUAUAAAUAUAAUAAACACAUAAACCACAAACAGCCCCACACAAGCGAUUUAGUAUGUUUCACUAAUUGUCUUACUAUAUUAACAAUAUGUCACAUUACGAUGCAGGAGAAAUAAAAUAAACACUCGUCUGGUUAACGAUAAACCUUACAGUUAUGUACAUAAAUGACAAGAUGAACAUAUUGUUUCCUUUCUAUCAUGUAACACAUUGAGGAUUAGGCAUGUGAUUGAUGAAGGAAGCUGGAAUCAUUUUCCCAUGAUGCUGUGAAAUUAUGUUAAUUUGCAAAUGAUGCCAGGCUGUGCCAGGUGAUAUUAUUGAAAACCAAACAACCAAUAGAAAACAUUUAUCUCCAAAGCGACAGUUCCUCUUUCAGACAGCCGCUGAGCGCAGUACAUUGUGGUGACACUUGCGUCAUUUCACAAUAUGCUGUUGGGCUGGAAAAUUUAAAACGCAGAUAACUGCUAUUUACUAAAAAUAGAUGCACCGACAGAGGGUCCGUGAAUGCAGAGAUUGGCCCUGGGCUCCAGGAAUGACAGUUUGCAGGUUAAUUUACUAAACUCCAAACUGCAGUGAGAGCCCAGUGGCAACUGAGAAGCAACUCUGGGAAACUCGUCUAUAGUCACAGCUACAUUUUACCAUUUGUAUUUUAAUUCACCACAAAUUGGAGUUUAUAGAAUAACCCUGCAUUACAGUAUAAAUAAAAAAAAAACAGAAAAAAGUUAGCGGCCCAGCUAAUAGUACAUGAAAAAUCAACUGUACAUAAUAUCUACUGUCCUGUUAGAUGUUUCUACCCAUCACAGGAAUCUUUACUUAAAGGAAUACUCCAAGUACCAUAACCACUACAGGUUGAUAGGAACUAUGUCUUCAUUGUAUGUAGUGAAACCAUUUUAGAGCCAUUUGGCUUCUUCCUGCCGUCACUACCUCAACGAGAGAGGCGGAAGCUGUCUCAUUUGCUGAGAGUGAUCAUCUGACACUCUCAGCCAGUGUGUCAACAGGACGUAGCUCAGGGGGUCUGAUGGAGUCCCGCUCUUUGGUGUUAGUGAAGUAAACAAGGAGCGAGGUAAGAAGUUAAACCAUUCAAAAACAGUUUGUCACCUUACCAUGGUGGCGGAAAGGGGGGGGAAGGUAGGGGUCGGAGCACGUCUGGCACCAUAACUACUACAGUGAGCUGUACGGAUUAUGGUUCUCGGAGUCUCCCUUUAAACUCUGUAUAUACUUCUGGUGCACAGGUGUCUGAAAGGAAAUGGCUGAGCCACCACCUCACCUGUUUGCAUGCAGUUUUUGUCUGUUGGUGGUUUCUACAUAAACAAAGCAGAGGAUUCUGGGUACUGGAUGACAGGGUAGUCCAGCUAUGUGGAAAUAUAAGAUAUAUCCCUGCUGGCUAGAUUAGCAGUAGCUCUGCCUGUUUUUUGACUUUCUGACCUGUCAGCCAUUAUAUUAAUUAGCGCAGGGCAGGAUCUGAAGGCUAUUGAUCCAUUGUGAUGUUAUCCCAUUGUAAACGUUAUUUAGAGAUCACCAACGAAGCUCUGUCCAAUGUAUUGUAAAGCCAGGUUAACGAGACUGUGACAAUGGGGAAAGACAGUAAACAGGAGUUAAGGCUGUGCCUGAAUAUUUGUGGAUACAUAAUAGCAAUCCUAUAAUGGAGAUAUCACCCGUUCUAAUCUUACACAACCCUGUGAUUAACCUGCUUCAUGUUAUCUGCUUCCGUAUACAACCCCAUAAUUAAACUCGUACUUUACAAAGUAUCCAUCGUCAUUAUUUACUAAAGCAUGAAUCAUCGAGAAUUCAAAAUAAAUUUCACAUUUCAGUCAAAAACAGCCAUUCUCUGUGUCUGCUACGCUGUCUGUUUGACUAGUUUGCCAUAAAAUGUAUUUUGAAUUCCUGACAGUUCACUGUUUAUUGAAUAACCCUGCGCCUGUUUAUUCUAGCUGGUUUUAACCCUGGCAGAGUGCGGCGUUCCGCUGGGAAUAAGGAGUUAACCUCGCUUAGCGCAGCCCCGGUUUAAAAGACUCUUUCAUUUCGUUGUUGCUUCUGAGGUUAGUCAGAAACAAACCUGUACUGAUUCCUCUCGCGCUGGUUCAAUUAAAGUUCUUUCAGAGACUGUGACAGGAGUCUGCACACUCCUUGUACACAGAGGGGCUGGGGAGCUUCAAAAUCAAAAGGCCUCCCCUCCCAAAAUUCCUGUCACAGAAUCCCUUCCCUGCCGUGUUCUGCCUGGCAAUUAAAAAAAACCUUAAUUCUGCUAAUAUGAUAGGUUGACUACACUUACAGAGAAGGGUUCAGUGUAUUAAAUGAAUAGUAUAAAGAGAAAUGUAUCCAGAAUUUUUAUUAAAAGAAUGUUUUCAUAUUUGUAUCUGUUUAGACAGUUCAGCGUCAUCCAAGAACUCUUAUACGUAAAAUUGUCCUUUUACGUUUAAAAGUGACCUUUUCAGUGCCACAGGUGAGCUACACACAUGGCAAAGUGCUAAUCGGCGAGCCAUUUGUGGCCGCAGCGUAGACUUUGUCAUAGUAGGUCACUCUUGGCUCUUAAAGCCUAUCACCCUCUGCUGAUGCUGAGUUUAUAAGGAAUGCAUAUCCCAUAAUCUGUUCAUAUCCGGCCGACUUUAGUGAGUACUGAUAGACUGCAGUCAUUCGGCCUCACUGUGAUCUGAAAAAAUAGGACAGAAAAAUCAGUUCUAAAAAUUUAACAUUUUACAAACUAAGCCAAUAAUUCUGAGUAUUGACAAAGGGAUUGCAGAUUUUCACCGGAAAUAACUGAAUAGAUAAAUUUUACAGUUUUCUCUGUUUUUGUCUAGAACGUUUGCUUUCCUCAUUAGUUUUCCGCAAUAGUCAAUUUAGUAAAUAAAUCCCCAUCUUAACAGAAGAGAAGAUCUUUUAAAAUUAUUCAAGUCAAUUGUGUGCUUACAUUUAUAUAUCAAAUAAAUCUCUACUCACUAGAAAAAAAAAUUAGUAAUAUGCUGGUUAUUAAUGAGCAGGAUAUUAACAAGCCUGAACUAACGAGCAGAGCAUUAACGAGCUGGAUAUUAAAGCUGAGCCGGCAUUUAAUAUAUCUCUAAGGUUUUCUGGGAUUUUGUUACCUGGCAGCUAUUUUACUCCAGGGAUUUCCUCUUUAAACGCUUUGUCCACUUCUUCCUUCUGAUAUCUCAUCCAAUACUCCUAUAUAGUGCAGGAAUAUAACCCAGGGCCCCCUCCCUAGUGAUCGCAGUAACUGUAAAUCCACUCUCUGUCCCUCCUAUCCAGGGCAUGAAGGGUAGUGCCCCCUCCGAGGGUCUGAAUCACAUUUUAUCCCAAUGGUGCUGAGCGCUUAGCAAAUUAGACUGCCAACAUGCCAGCCCGGAUAUGUCAUGUAGAUACCACGCAUGUCCCAAAUGACUGGUCAGGUCUCUCACAGGUAUUUCGAGUUCUCCACCAGCUAUGGUAAUCCGGGUAUUUUGGGUACUUUGUCAGGUAUAGUAAUCCGGGUAUUUUGGGUACUCUGCCAGGUAUAAUAAUCCGAGUAUUUGGGGUACUUUGUCAGGUAUAGUAAUCCGGGUAUUUUGGAUACUCUGCCAGGUAUAGUAAUCCGGGUAUUUUGAGUACUCUGCCAGGUAUAGUAAUCCGGGUAUUUUGAGUACUCUGCCAGGUAUAGUAAUCCGGGUAUUUUGAGUACUCUGACAGGUAUAGUAAUCCGGGUAUUUUGGGUACACUGCCAGGUAUAGUAAUCCGGGUAUUUUGGGUACUCUGCCAGGUAUAAUAAUCCGAGUAUUUGGGGUACUUUGUCAGGUAUAGUAAUCCGGGUAUUUUGGAUACUCUGCCAGGUAUAGUAAUCCGGGUAUUUUGAGUACUCUGCCAGGUAUAGUAAUCCGGGUAUUUUGAGUACUCUGACAGGUAUAGUAAUCCGGGUAUUUUGGGUACACUGCCAGGUAUAGUAAUCCGGGUAUUUUGGGUACUCUGUCAGGUAUAGUAAUCCGGGUAUUUUGGGUACUUUGCCAGGUAUAGUAAUCCGGGUAUUUUGCGUACUCUGUCAGGUAUAGUAAUCCGGGUAUUUUGGGUACUCUGUCAGGUAUAGUAAUCCGGGUAUUUGGGAUACUUUGUCAGGUAUAGUAAUCCGAGUAUUUGGGAUACUCGGUCAGGUAUAGUAAUCCGGGUAUUUGGGAUACUUUGUCAGGUAUAGUAAUCCGGGUAUUUGGGAUACUCGGCCAGGUAUAGUAAUCCGGGUAUUUUGGGUACUUUGUCAGGUAUAGUAAUCCGGGUAUUUUGGGUACUCUGCCCGGGGGCACUUUUCUGCGAAAUGGACAGUAAUGAUAACAGCGAUUCACUCGUGUAAAUGUAGGGAUAAUAUUAUUUUCACUUUUUAUAUUUGUAUCACGUCUUGGUUGCAAUACCAGAAAGCCAGGACGUUAUUUGUCUGUCCCGGCUGUGUUACGUAAUCAAUGGCAGCCACACAGCAAGAGACUUCAAUAAACAUUGUAACUGCGUCUUCAGAAUGAAGGGCCAUAGGAUGAAGCAGCUGUGAAACACCAGAUCAUUUUAUCGUGUUUCGUGGCCCCGUAUUAUCGUGCGCGAUCUUAGUCUUCUAGCCUAAGCAGGAAAGUCUUUUUCUACAGGAUCGAGGCGAAGCUUCGGCCAUAGAAAGACGUGUUUGAAGGAUUCCUGGUACGGGCGUCUGAUCUAUUAAACCUGUGAACAUUUUGUUCCCGUAGAUUAAGAAUUGAUUUUUAUUAACACAAUCUUCCUUUCCACUUGUUGCAAUCUGCAGGUAAGACUGGAAAUUCUCUUCAAGGAGGCUUUUGUAAGUCUCACAAUCAUAUGUAAGGGGUUUGAAUGGCCCUAAAGAAUGCCAGAUAUUUGACUUUCUGUGGGUUCUGUUGUGAUAGCAUUUUCCUGUUGGCUAAUGAUCAAAAAAGGGCCACAAAGCAUAACUGUUACCAUUAAACUCUUUUCAUUAUAUCCGAUUUAAAUACUUAGUGGAUGUUAUUAAGAUUGGAUUUACACCAUGAUAACACUGACAGCUUAAUAUUAAUUGUGAAGAAUUCAAUGUGAACCUUAAAGUGAUUUUAAGCCUAAAUAUCCAAUUUGUAUAAAUUCACCCAUUCAGCUAUUUCAGUUCAUCCAUUGUAAGAUAUAAAAUUCACUUUGAAUUCCUGAUACUUCACGGAGCCGAUGAUCUCAGGAUUUGUGCUCCAACCAAUGAAUUCAGCGGAGCACCCAACUACGCCCUACCCAAUGCAUUAAGAAACCCAAUGAGUUUGCAGGUUCGGCAGCAAAGCCGGUUAAUGUUCUGGUAAAAUUCCUGCUACAUAUAUACGAAUGGCGCCAAAUUAGAGGGUAUUUAAUAAAGUGAGAAUUCGGCGAGAACUCAUAAGCGAAUUUCUAAUUUCAGACCAGAGUAGUUGAAGAGAAGCAGAGCUGACUUGACUGAUAUUUUUUCCACUUCUGCUACUUUGACCUUAAAUUUGCAACUCACUUUGAAAGCUCACAUUAAAGAAUAACUCUGUUAGUUUUCGAAGCUAAGCUUUGGAAGAACUGGGGUUCCGUUUGUCCUGAACUCUGAUAAAAGGCGAACGAUUUUCAGUUCUGCCUUUGCACGGCAGACACAGUUGGAAUCGCCUCUCUGGUAAUUAAUGAAUAGACCCCCUGGUGACUUCUUUGGAAAGGGCAAUAUUAAAAUCCGUUCUUUAUUAAAUGGCAGCUCCUUUCACAGAGCCAUAUCAAAGAGGCACAAUGAAUUGGCGUUAACAUAAAUACACAAUGCAGCAAAAUGGUUUGUGUUUUUAUGCUUCUCGAGCAAUUUGUAAUACUUUUUUUUUUUAUAUACACGAUUUAUUUCUCACAGGGCAUUGACCGAGUCACUUUACAAUCUACCCCACAAUGGGACUUUGUUAGAAUUACUCGUACAAUGUAAUAUAAGUAAACUAAAAAAGCCUGCAGAUUGUUUAAUUCCACCAAUCUUUCUUCAUCCGUGUAUUUGCUACUUAGUGAUUUUCUGAAAUCAAACCAGCCCUUUAAAAACACCGCAAGUAUUAAUUCAGAUUUUCUGUAAGGCUAUAGCUAAUAUGGGUUAGGAGCUGUGCUCUCAGUGCUGAAUCUGACAAUCACAGGUAAUAAGGAAGGAGUAAGCAUUAAAUACAAAGGAGAUGUAAUUAAAUAAUAUACAGCAUAUAGAAUUCUUUACUGGUAAAAACAAAGCACAUUAUAUAUAGCAAUAGUGAUAUAACAUACCUCCCAAGUGUCCCUAUGUAGGACGGACAGUCCCUAUUUUGGACCCAAAUCAUUCUGUCCCUAUUUUCUAUCCUAAUAUCCCUCUUUUCUCAGAGCUCCAUUGUGGGUGUAUCUGAGUGUAUAAUAUGAUAAGGUUACACAUUUUGUGGACAUUUCUAGAAAGUAUUACAUAUGAUGCAAUAAUUACCUGUUUAAAAUACAAGAAUUGUCACUCCAGUUAUCAUCAAAACAUGUUAUCUGAACACUGGGCGCUUCGGCAAGUGACAAUGUGUUAAAUUCAAAAUAAAACCUGAUGAACCACGAAUUGACCGCGUGCUUGCCAAACCCACCAUGACUUCCGCCAAAUAUUCAUUUUAUAACGUUAUUUUUCUGGAAAUUCUGGAAUAGUCAGGAAUUGAUAUGGAUUUGCCCAUUUUAGACCCACUGAAUCAAAUUGGAAAAGUUGUCUAAAUCAGACAUUUUCCAUUUCCUCUACUUUGGACAACGCAUGAAAAGUCCUGCCCUACAUGUAUGUAGAAUUCUAACACUGCUAGUAGCAAAUAUGUUAUGUAAUUACCAUCCUGCAGCAUGUGAAUGCUACAUACUACACGGCAAGGUAGACAAGGUAGUUUCCUCUUAUUGCGCUGUACCAGUGGCUUUUCUCACAAAGGCUUUUUAAGCUAUAUUUAAAGCAGCUCUUUACAAUAUUAUAAAAGGGGGAAAUGUAACAAUAAAUGGGACAAUAACAAAAUGUUAAAGGGACAAUAGGUUGACGAGGAUCCUACUCAAACAAGCAUUCAGUCUCAACCUAUUCAUCAAUGUCCUUUGGAGAAAUAAACCUGUUCUAAAAGAGAUUCCUUAAAACAGCCCGAGGUGCUUUGUGCUGCUCUAUAACCUGUCAGCCGCGCAUGCACAGCUUGGACUGGAAAAAACUAGACUUUCUAAUGUAUUCCAGGUUACACUGUUUUCUUUUAAACAAACAUAAGCAGUGUGUAGUCAUGCGUUAAAGCAAAAUGUUAUUUUAACGAUUUGAAAACGAAAAGCACUUGGAGUACAUCCUGGAAUGUUCUAAACCAAGGGUGUCAAAAUGUGGCCCUCAGAGUACAUUCAAAUGUGGCCCUCAGAGUACGUUCUAAACCAAAGGUGUCAAAAUGUGGCCCUCGGAGUACGUUCUAAACCAAGGGUGUCCAAAUGUGGCCCUCAGAGUAUGUUCUAAACCAAGGGUGUCCAAAUGUGGCCCUCUGAGUACGAUCUAAACCAAGGGUGUCCAAAUAUGGCCCUCUGAGUACGUUCUAAACAAGGGUGUCCAAAUGUGGCCCUCUGAGUACGUUCUAAACCAAGGGUGUCCAAAUGUGGCCUUCAGAGUACGUUCUAAACAAGGGUGUCCAAAUGUGGCCUUCAGAGUACGUUCUAAACCAAGGGUGUCCAAAUGUGGCCCUCAGAGUACGUUCUAAACCAAGGGUGUCCACAUGUGGCCCUCAGAGUACGUUCUAAACCAAGGGUGUCCAAAUGUGGCCCUCUGAGUACGAUCUAAACCAAGGGUGUCCAAAUGUGGCCCUCUGAGAACGUUCUAAACCAAGGGAACCAGGGGUGUCCAAUCGUGGCCCUCGUGAAUUUAUUUAGUUGAUAAAAUGGCAUGUCUGUCAAAACAUGCAGAAAAAAGUUUCCAUGAUAAAAGUAAAUUUUAAUCCAUCUCAUUGCCCCCUACUGACCGUAUGUUAAAGCAGCAGCCACAUGCUCGGGUUUUCAAUGAAUGGGAGUCUUAUUAAUUCCUAAUCCUAAGAGAACGUGGAUUUCCCUGUACCAGAGGUGGCAAUAAGUCCAGGAAUUUCUAUUAAAAAUCCAACCAAAGUGAUUUACAAAAGUUGUCACGAAUUCAAAGUGAAUUUUAAUGUUUAGGCCAUAAUAGGUCAACUGAAAGUCAUUUUCCAAAGACGGUAUGUUUUUUUUGUCACUGCGUUGGUCUAAAAUGUAGGAUUUGCUGUGAAUUCAGUUUAACAAUUCACACGUUAAUAAAUAACCAUGAAAAGUUUAUGAAAUGAGAAUUAAACAAAUGUAUUUGAUUAUUUUUUUUAGCAAAGUAAUUGAAUUUAAUAUGAAUUCAUAAUUAUGUUUUCUAUCGUUAUUUAUAUCAAGAGGAACUGUUACUUUGGUGAAGGGGAAAUUACAACAGACAACUACCAAUAGUUUAUCUUUUAUUUCCAAUUCUGCCCAACGCUCGGUUGGCACACUCUGGCAUACCAUGCAAAUGUAAACCUGUGAUUCUCUGUAUGUUUUCUCUGAGUGUAUUGAAUCAUGGGAAAUGUAUUAACAUGGCAGGCAUGUGUGGACAUGGAAAGGCAGGGAGAUGGCAACACCUAGCUAUCACCCACAAUGUGCAGCACGGGUAGAAUUGUUUCUUCUUCAAAAUAGUUUACUGGGACAAAGGAAAGACCGACUAUGACCCAUAACUAAAAAAUCCUUCUGUCGCUCUAAAAUAUUUUUGUUGUCUAGCAGGUUAAACACUGUGCUUCUAGUUCAGAUCACCCACGUUGCCUUCAGCAGUUCAGGACAUACUUCUCUUAUUCUAACAUAUUGUUCCCUCAUUUUUUGUUUUGCAGAUCAAACCAUGAAUUUUCAAUCAGCAUGGCCAUGCCCAGCCUGGGCCGUUAUGACCUCCUUGUGGGUUAUUUUAAGUUUUUCAUCGUUAAGCAAUGCUCAGACCACCACAGCAGCUCCUUCUGGAUGUGGGCAAGGUUUAGAUCCAAUUUACUACUAUCUCUGUGAUCUCUCCUCUGCCUGGGGUAUUGUGUUAGAGGCCAUUACCAGCGCUGGCAUUGUAUCUUCUUUCAUCCUUAUCAUCGUCUUAGUAGCCAGUACCCCUUUCAUUCAGGAUCCGAGGAAGAAAAGCAUACUUGGGACUCAGAUCUUCUUCCUAGUGGGAACAACUGGACUUUUCUGCUUAGUCUUUGAUAUAAUUGUCAAACAGAACUUUUCCACUUGUGCAUCACGGAGGUUCCUAUUUGGAGUUUUCUUCGCUAUGUGCUUCUCCGCCUUGUGGUCGCAUGGAAUCAGCCUUAAUUGCCUUGUGCGAAGAAACAGAGGACCCAAUGGCUGGUGGGUGUUUUUGAUUGCUCUCUGUCUUACACUGGUCGAGGUUAUUAUCAACACAGAGUGGCUUAUUAUCACCAUUGUGCGCACAGCCAGUACACUGGGACAACCAUGCGCUAUUUUCAAUCAGGACUUUGUUAUGGCGUUAAUCUAUGUCAUGUUCCUCAUUCUGGCUGGGUUUGUGACUGCCUGGCCAGCAUUUUGUGGCCGCUAUGGUCACUGGAGCAAGCACGCCAUCUUCAUUCUCAUCACCCUCUUCCUGUCCAUCUGCAUUUGGAUAGCAUGGAUUGUUAUGUACAUAUACGGGAAUGUUCAGCUCGUGAAAUCUUUGUACUGGGAUGACCCCACGCUGGCCAUUGCUCUGGUCUCUAACGCCUGGGCUUUUAUCUUCUUCUAUAUAAUCCCGGAGAUCUCUCAGUUGACCAAGCCCAAUCUGGAACAGACAUUUGAGGAGGAAGGAUACCAAGCUCGUGGUGUGGGCUAUGAAACCAUCUUAAAAGAACAGAUUUCCCAAAGCAAUUAUGUAGAGAACAAAGCCUUCUCCAUGGAUGAGCCAGCCGGUGGUAAGUGUAAACACAACUUGUUCAUGACAACGUGUCAGUUUCCGUAACAGUGUAAAAUAGCAGGUGUACAUAAAUAUGGAUAGGAGUAAGAUAGUUAAAGAAAGCAGGUCCCGCCAUUGCUCCUAUAUUCAGGUAAGCUAGAAGUUACAGCAAUAUUUCUAAAUACCAGCUUUUAUUUUGUCAUAUGAAGUAAGAAGUAGCUUAUCCUCUCCAGGGCUAAGUGUUUGUUAGAGCUGCAGUUAGCUAGGUUAGUUGUGAAAGGGUAAUGAUCAAAAGUUAGUCUUGCCCCAAUGUCCCUUUUGCCCAGUUGAUGGACACCCAAGUUCCAUCCUUAAUAUUUAAUCGGCCGGUCAUAGCUACACUUUCUUUACAUAUAGGAGUUGGCCGUAUCUUCUCCAAUCAGAGAGAGAUAGUAUAUUGCAUUAAAAAUUCUAAACCUUAUCUCAUCUGAUCUUUUAGCAGCAAAAAAAACAGUGUCCCCUUACAGCGGCUAUAACGGGCAGAUGCGAGGCAGUGUCUACCAGCCCACGGAGAUGGCAAUUAUGAACAAGAAUACGGUAAGGGCCCCUUCUCUUCCAGCAAAGGCUUUGGUGACAUGUGGAGUCUGUGGUUGGCCGUAAUCUGAGUGUUGGUUGUUUGCCCUUUUAGUUUUUUUUUCUUCUUCUUCAAGUGUCGGAUGGAGAGUUUAGCGGGCUGUUCAGUGACUGUGCAAACUGCAGAGAACACUGAACAACUGUUCCAGAUACAUCUGCUGGCCGUCCACGAAAGACAGCCUUUCUAAAAUGUUUAACACGGCCAGCUCUGUUUAUCCGUUCUCAGCGUUAGUCAGAUUUAGCACAGAAACUGCCAACACUUCUGAAACUCAUCCUUCAACUCUCCGAGCAGACCCUGCCACCACUUACAUAUCUAUAAUCACCAACGUGAAUGCACUCACUGAGCAGAACCUCUUUUAUUGAGUAGAUGGUUUAAAAAACAGGUAUAGAUAAACCACAAUAUGUACGAUAAUCUUUAUAAGACAAAUACACGUUUCCUUACUGUUCAAACAUAUUUUUCUUAGAAAGGAUUACUGUACAAUAAUUCAAUACACACAAUAAAAGAUCAUGUUUAAAAAUUAAACAAACAACUUGAUUUAUAGUGUAUUUCAAACUUAACAGAAUGUGGCCAACUCGGAGUGCAAUUUAGGGCUUCUGAUUGUCCCAGGUCGGUGGCUUGAAGACUCCCAUUGGUUCCAGAAAUGUAACUCAUUUAUUGGAGACUUUACCUGCACUCAAAGAGAGGAGGCAGUUAACAUAAUUAUGCAAAAUCAAACAAACAACUUUAACUCAUAGGAGUAUUCACUAAGAAUUUCACAUUUAAAGGGACACUCUGAACUCCUAAAGCACUUUAGCUUGCUUGAAUGCUUUAUGUAGGAAGUGUGUAUACUCUUUAUUUUAUUUUUCAAAAAGUGCUCAUUUCAAUAGAAAUUGACACUUUUAUAAAUUAACCUAGUUACACCCCCCUGGCUGUCAGUCAGACAGUCGAUCCUGUUACUUCCUGGUUUGUUUAGCUACUUGGAGAUAAACCCAAGAGGCAGCAAUUGCCCAGAGCGCCUGCCUUGUAAAGACUUCUCAUCGAGCUGCAUUGGGAAGGCUGUGAUUGGACAGCCACAGAAAGUCUGGGCGGGGUUAGAAGGGGAGGGCUUGUAAAGGCUGCAGACAAGAGGUCUGCAUCUUUUACAAGCUAUUUUUCAAAAUAUGCAUAAUUAAAUGCAUGCAUAUUUUAAUUUGGAUAUAUCUACUAAACAGUUUUUUCUUUUUCUAAUUUAUUUAUUGUUGUUGAAUUUGGGCAAUAGAGUGUCCCUCUAAGGUCAAAACAGCCAAAAUAAUCUCUAAAUUAGCUAUGCUUUCCAUUCAACUACUUUGGCCUUAAAUUUAAAAAUCACUUUGAAUUCACACUUUAAAAGAUAACUCUAUAGAAUUCUAUAACUUCUGUGGUUUUUCUUCUUUCGGAGAUGAGAGAAGCAGUGUUAUGCUAAAAAAAAGAGAAUUAAAUUUACCUUUAAAAUUGUCCUUUCGAUAAAUAUAUAAAUUACUAGUUUGUGAAACACUUGGGGCUACUGUUUGCACGUUUCUAAGCAGAGUGCAUUAGUGAAUUAGAAUAUAUUUACUAUAGCAGACAAACUGGGAAUCAGAAAAUACAAAUCUCUGUAAAAUAGGGAGAAGGGGGGGAUAUCCCACUGAGAUUUAAUGUCUAUUGUAACAAUUAGAAAAUUGAGUUAGCCAACAGUGCGCAUGUACAGGAGACUUUAUUACAAGUGUCACCACUUUCCACAAAGUAUGUUAAAGGACCACUUUAGUGCCAGGAAAACAUACUCGUUUUCCUGGCACUUUAGUGUCCUGAGGGUGCCCCCACCCUCAGGGACCCCCUCCCGCCCUGCUCUGGAAAGGGGAAAGGGGUUAAAACUUACCUUUUUCCAGCGCUGGGCGGGGAGCUCUCCGCCUCCGAUCCUCCUCUUCUCCUCCCUGUCAGCUGAAUGCGCAUGCGCGGUAAAAUCACAGUGAGAAGCACGCAAGCGCCUCUAGUGGCUGUCAAUGAGACAGCCACUAGAGGAAAUAGGGGAAGGCUUAACCCAUUCAUAAACAUAGCAGUUUCUCUGAAACUGCUAUGUUUAUGAAAAAAUGGGUUAACCCUAGAAGGACCAGGCACCCAGACCACUUCAUUAAGCUGAAGUGGUCUGGGUGCCUAGAGUGGUCCUUUAAUGUAAUCACACAAACAAUUAUAACGUACAGUAAUCUGCCACAGCCUACAGUCGAGUCUGAAAAUAAAGAAGUUGGUUAAUGAUUAUAUAGUGAGGAAAGAGAAAAUUUAGCAUCAAAUGUAUUAUAAAAGCAGAAUUAGGCUGUUGGCAGGACUGUGGCAUUGUAGACUUUGGGGUUGGCAUUGAAUGUGAAGGAAAGUCCUCAGUUUGAAGUUGUUGCAUUUUCAGCUGGUGAGAGGCAGCAGGAGGAGGUGGUGAUGGUGGUGUUAUGCUUGUGAGAGGUAGCAGGAGGAGGUGGUGAUGGUGGCGUUAUACUUGUGAGAGGCAGCAGGAGGAGGUGGUGAUGGUGGCGUUUUGCUUUUGAGAGGCAGCAGGAGGAGGUGGUGAUGGUGGCGUUAUACUUGUGAGAGGCAGCAGGAGGAGGUGGUGAUGGUGGCGUUGUGCUUGUGAGAGACAGCAGGAGGAGGCUGUAGUGGUUAUGGUGCAUAGCCUACCGCUUUAAAUUGCUUUCUACUGACACUUGGCGUACAAAUGUUUUUUUGGAAUUUAAGAAUUUGGGGGGGAAAUCCAAUUUUUAGCAUUAUUUAUGCAUGAAAAAUGGGUGGUUAGUUUUUCACCACGUUCAUAUCUGGAGAUGAUCAUUUUGACGUGAAGUGAAGGUUAAAGUGAGACAGACCCCGAACGUGACAGCCAGCUCUGUCGUUUGCGUUUAACAACCUCUGCCCAACUUUCCUUAUUUUUUUUCUCUGUUGGAGUUUAUGAAGUCUUACUUCGCCAUUUCUCCUCGGUCUAUCUACACGUUCACUGUAUCACUGAUCACAAAACAUUCGAUACAUUCCAGAAACAUUUGGCUCAACAUAUAGGAAUACAAGAAGUUCGACUUCCGUGGACACACAAUUUACAAGCCCCGGGUGUCCCAUAAUAAUUAUGUGUUAGGAUUUCAUCAUAAUAAGCCAUAAAAUAUGCAACCUCUUUUCAUUUCUGCUUCUAAAUAUAUCCCAAGCAUUUGUGACUAUUCUCGGCAGGAACGGAAUGAGGAACUAAAGUUGCAACUUCUCAAAUUCACUGCAGAAUUGCAGAUAUUGUUUAAUUUCUCUAUGUCAGUCAGGCUCUAGGGUGAGGAAGGGGUUAAACACUCACCUUUUUUCCACCACCGGUCUCCCUCGGCGAUGGGGACUCUCCGCCUCCUUUCCCGUCAUCGGCUGAAUGCGCAUGCGCAGCAAGAGCCGCGUGUGCAUUCAGCCAGUCUCAUAGGAAAGCAUUUUAAAUGCUUUCCUAUGGACGCUUGUGUCUUCUCACUGUGAAAAUCACAGUGAGAUGCGCGGAAGCAACUCUAGCGGCUGUCAAUGACACAGCCACUAGAGGCUGGAUUAACCCAUAGGUAAACAUAGCAGUUUGAGUUUCUAUGAAACUGCUAUGUUUACAGCAGAAAGGGUUAAUCCUAGAUGGACCUGGCACCCAGACCACUUCAUUGAGCUGAAGUGGUCUGGGUGCCUAUAGUGGUCCUUUAAGCUGAUGAAUCUGUAACCUUCGAUAAUAUAAUUCUAUUUACUGAUAAUAAAUAAGCCCAAAUGGUUUAUUUUAUGAUUUUUGUUAUACAAUUGUAUGUAGAAAACUCAGAAAAAGACAAAGUAAAAAAAAAAAUUCAGAAUCAGAAAUCAGUUUCCAAAAAACUCUAUUGCUUCUUGAUUUUGCCACGGGUGCUUGGCGCAUAAAAGGCCCUCAGUUCUGGGACACUGACUCUCUCUUAUCUCCGGAGUGAAACCAUAAGGCAGUCCGACAGCUAUUAAUCUCACUGCCAACUGAGUGAAAUUAGAUCCCGGAGCUGGUGCAGACCAAUUCUACCUGCAAACUGUAAAUGUGUUACUGUUAGUGUGUUCCGGCCAAGAUGUACAGUGCUGUGAUUCUAUCUGAGCCCAGCUGUAUGGCUCCUCGUUAUGCAAUGCUUGGCACGGCCUCACUAAUAACUCUCGGUUAUCAUAGAAACAUUCAGUUAUAUAAAGGGAUUCAAAGAACAGAGAGGGAAUAUUUAUACCAAAAAAGGGGAAACACCAGCAGCAAUUUAGAGGAGCAAGGUUAAAAUGUGACAUAAAGAAUUAUUUUACUGAAAUGGUAGUGGAUAACUGGGAACAUUUCCAACAUGUGUUCUAAAAUUGGACUCUGUGUGAUUACAAUGCGUCCCCAGUGAGUAGAAUAUCUGCAUCGUAUUCAUUGGACUCUGGGCAACUGCGUACAAUAAAUUGCUUUCUGAAGCUACACCACCUUUCUCAGGGCAACCGAGACCUCUCUGACCUAGAGAAAAGACUAGACUGCUUUUCAUAAUUAUAUUUUAUGUAUUAUGUAACAGCUGAAGCAUGGAUCGCUGGGGUAAUUUUAUAAUUGUAACACGGGCUGCCAAGUACAUGCCACACAUACAAUAUGGGACUCAAAAUAAAAAAAUGAAUCGCUGGAAUGGAGAUUAAUAGGUAGUGGCCUCUGUCAUGACAAAUGCUUGUGGUCACCCAGGCAUAACUUUGCCCUGCAGUAGAGCAGACUGGCAUAUAUCUAGAUCUGUAGGUGGGCAAACUGGCAUAUAUAUAGGUGGGCAAACUGAUACAUAUCGUAUAUAUCUAUAGGUAGGCAUUGUGGUAUAUAACUAUAGGGAUUUCCUUUCUGAUCCACCAACAGUUGGCUAUACCCCACUCACUUUUGGGGUGGUCCUGCAUCCUUGUUGCUCACAUAAAAACAAAUAGUGACCAAUACACAUUUUUGAGGAAGCGGUUCAUAACACAAGUUAAAUUAUAUUUCUUAACCAUUGUCUUUUGUCUCCCCACAGUCGGAGGGUCCAUACGAUGUUAUAAUUCCCCGCGCAACUGCCAACACUCACCCAGCUUCUAGUGCAAAUGCAACCAUACGGGCUGAUGAUGCUUAUGUGCCACACAACAGAAAUAAUGCAUCCAAUAACAUACAGGUAAAAAUCUAUUUUCUUUUCACCAAACACAACCACAAAACAGUCUGAAUGACCCUGACCCUUGCUAAGUGAAAAGCAUCUGAAAAGCAGCUGCCACUCUAAGAAAAAGCCCAGACUGGCAUUUCAUUUUAAAUUGCACAACUUUUUCCAUUAUUUGUCAUAAAGCCAGAGUUUGCAAUUCACAACAAAUUGCCCAACAGACAGACCCUUGGAGCUUAGGAUGAAAAAACUGUAAUUGAAUAUAUACCAUUCAAUGAUUAAUAGGCCACAGAACAGCAAGUAAUAGUAAUAUUCAUUUUAACAAUGUUUCCAUUUUUUUUCUUCUCCAGUCUCAAUCGCCAUACACCAAGUGGUGAAAUCCCACCGACUACGCCAACUGUCGAAAUCCAUGAUGGGCCCUCUCUUACUUUAUGUACAAACAAUGUUGGCAAGGGUGCCGAAACUGGGGGGACCUAUGUGCACCGUGCUGAACUAACCUAUAAGACUUCAUUAAGAAUAUUCUCCAGCUGAUUAUCUUUGAUACAAUAUUUUCCUAACAUGUCAAAUUAUGGGUUACUGAUGGCUGUUUAUCAUAAGGACUUCUGAGCACUGUUUAAAUGUUACUGUUUUUGAUACAGACUGAGAUCUAGCAUUUAAUAUCAACAUUCUAAAUCAAUACUGAUACAUAAAAUUCUAUGUACAAUCAGCCUUAAAGUUACAAACAAAAAGUUAACUAUUAAACACAGUACCGGCCCCUGGCAGAGUCACAUUUAGUGAUAUGAAGUCUUUAUGACGUUACAUUAUGCAGCUGUACUGAGUUACACACUUUGCACAAUUGCCCUUAUAUUAAAAGGGUUUAUUUUAAUGCCCCUCUGGUAGUAAGAGGGUAAAAUGCUGCUCCCCUAUGCUACUGAAUCUUGAGUGUCUUUCAUACAAAUCAGUCCUAUAAGUCCUUAGAUUUCACCUGUAUGUCAGCUACAGCUCCCCUCCCCUCCCCAGUGCAGAGUCAAGUCAUGUAUAAAUUUAUAUUUUUGUGUAUAUUUUAUUUACAUAACUUUGUAUAUAAAGAUUAUUGUUUUUACACUUUUUGUGUGUGUGUGGAUGUGUUGUGUUUUGCAUGAGUGCGCUUGUCCUGUCUCUAAAGAGUAACCUGUCACUUCCUAGGAAUUAUAACAUUAUGUUUACUUAUUCACUAUAUUUAAAACAUUAUUAUGUGGUUGUUAAGUCAGAAAAAUAAAAUUAAAUGUUGAAAUCUUCACCUCUGUAUUUACCAUUAUAUCUAGUACUGGGUGCCUCCAUCUUGCAUCACAGUCAAUCUUUAUUAUAAUGUCCAUUGCUGUGAUAAAAUAAAUAUCCUUUGCAGCUAUCACUCAGCAGAAAGCUCUCCACAAAUCGUGCAUCAAAUACCUUUCUUGGAGGCAGAGAUAAUCAGUGACUAGGAGAGAAUAUAGUAUGUGCCAGGCUGUGCCAGGCUGUGCCAGCACUGAGCCGGAUUGUGAUGUCAGUUCUAUAUUUUUAAUAUACAUUUGAUUGAAAAAGGAUUGUUACGUGAAAAAAAGGGUCAACUCAAGUUGUAGGUAAUUUUCUAAGUUUUAUUCCAGUUCCCCUUUAAAAACACCUGUCCUGUCUUUCUGUCUCUCUAUUACCCAUAAAUACUGCUACAGAUAGGUAACCUCUGGCCCUGAAAUCCGAGUGGACUUUAUAUCCCAGUAUCCCCUGCAACGUAAGUGUUUUUGGAAAACAUUUCAUUAGGAUACACAUCCUGAAAAGUUGCAAGUUUUAUUGACAGUAAAAACGUUAUCGAUUUUUUUGUAAUACCAGCUGAAUUUUAGUUAAAUUAUGCAAUCUUAAAAAUUGAGAUUUGAUAUAACUACUUUUAGACAGAGAUAGCCAGACCUACAGGAUUAUUAAUCAAAGUGAGAAUUCAAAUGGAAUCGAAAUAGUCUAACUAGAAAAAUUCUCUGUCAGCUAUGCUUCCUAUUCAACUACUCUGGCCUUAAAUUUGAAAUUCACACUUCAGUGGAUAACUCUGAUAGUCAAUUUAUUUAGCGUUUUCCAAUUGAAACUGCUACAAAAUUGCAGGCAGGACCUAGUCAGUUACACAAAGGACAAACCAGCUCUGCUGUGGGUGGGCUGAUCUAACCAACCCCCCGAACAUGCUUAUGAUCCGCAGGUCUUUUGUCGAUUCUAGGAAAUUUUGUCCACCUUGGAUGUCUCUAUCGCUCUUACUCUCGAUCUGUGUGUAUGAGUUGGAUUCCAGUAACAGAACACGAUGGGUUUAAAUUGCUCUGAAAUGUUUGAGAAACCUGUUCUCGUCAUAUGUUUUCUGUUGGCUUCUAAAGAUAACAGCCUUUUGUGGUCAAUGAUAAAUAAACUUUUAUUUAAAUAAAAUAA